GCCCCGCGGUGAUAACACUCGACCUUAUAACAUGGUGCCCCACUCCUCGGAGGCAUUAGGAAGGUGACACUCGUCGAACCAAGACAGGGCAGAACCGCAAGCCAAUCAUGAGAAACAUUAUAUUUUGCUUAGCGGCCCUCGUGACGGCCUGCGUCGCCCAAGACAACGGUUAUGUUGAAAACUUCGCUGUGUCGGACUUCGGGAAUGGUUUCAUUACCUUGUCUUGGGACUUCGUGGAGGGCACCAACGAACUGCACAAGUACUCGCUCGUCAUCGACAAUGACCUCACUUCGGAGUUCAAGUGCACUUCCGCCCACUGCACCAAGACGGUGUAUGACUUGCAGUCCUGCGUCGAACAUGUCUUCGACCUGACGCCAAUAUUCUACGACACAACUGGCGCGGACGUGAAUGGUGAUGUCGCCACCACGUCCGGCUACACUGAAGAUGAAAUCCCGGGCGCCGUGAGUAACAUCGCAAUGCCUGUCGACACCGAUGGGGAGACGACGGUGACGUGGACCAAGCCCAGCGAGAACGCCAAGUGUGUUGACUACUACUUUGUGUGCUUCCGCCUGGACGGAGAGAUAGAAAGGGACUGUGUGGAGUCCAACACUACCCAAGUUACCACGACGGGGUUGAGUGCUUGCGGAAAGUAUCACGUUGAGGUGACUCCAGUGACGCCCGCCGACAGCCUGGGACAAACGACGGAGAAGGUUUUCCAGACCCACGACGGCGUGCCCGGCGAGCCCCAGGACGUGGUGGUGGGACUCAUCACGCAGGACACCAUUCAGCUGCUGUGGAACAACCCCGAAGAGAACAUACUCUGCCUCGACAAGUUCCUCAUCACCAUCGGAGAGGCACACGCGACGAUGGUGAAGAGAACCGAGAAGACGGGCGUGAGUGGCUAUGACAACGAGUUCACCUUCACGCCAUUGUUCCCCUGCACCGACUUCGUCAUCGAUGUCUGCUCAGCUAACGCGGCCGAGCAGACCAGCGCAAAGGUGGAGAGGUACGCCUCCACCGACGAGACAGAGCCGCUGCCGCCGACCUCCGUCACUGUCACGCCCAACGGACCGGACAGCAUCGAGGUGAGCUGGGGCGAGAAUGAGAAAGAUGGGUGCGCGGGUAGCUUCCAAGUGUGCUGGAGCGACGGCGUGCACCCCAUCGAGCAGUGCGAGGAUGUCGAAGGCGGUGGGGACAACAGUUUGACCAUUACCGACCUUGUGCCGUGUAGCAACUAUGACUUCAUCGUGACUGUAGUGUCUCCGAAUGGCACCUUCUCUAGCACCGAAGUCACUAACUCUACUUCCACCGCCGACGUUCGUCCCGAUCCCGUGCGCGAUCUCAGGUUUAAGUCCAUCGACACCAAUCAGCUGACGAUAAGUUAUCAGCUCCCGGAAAAAGACCCUCAGUGCGUAAAGGAAAUCGUCACCCGAAUUACUGAUAAUAACCAGAGGCUACAUCGGAAGAAGGCGGUGAAGUCUGCCUUUGAGGAAACCUUCACUGGCCUGGCGUCAUGCACGGACUACACAGUUCAAGUCAGCACUGUGUCACCCACCGGACUGGAAUCCUUGGUGGAAGAAAUAUCAGAGAAUACCUUGAGUGACUUGCCCUCAGUCCCACAAGAGUUUACUGCCAUCGCCUUUACGACCACUUCCGUCACCGUGCAGUGGUUCCAGCCAGCCGUCAACCCGCGCUGCGUCACUGAUUACCUCCUGAGCUGGAUUAACCCCGACGGUGUCGUUGCCAACGCAACCGUCAACGCCUCUACUUUCAAGGUGGUGUACAAUGUGGACAGCCUUACUCCCUGCACGAUCUACGACUUCUUCCUCAGCGCUGAUUCCUUGUCUGGAGAAAGUUCGGAGACUACAUUCCAAAAUACGACGCUUUGCUCAUGAACGUAGUCUCUUCAUUUAAUUAUGUUCAUUGGUAGUUCUAACAAGAAUGCCACCAAGAAUAACCGUUCCGUGCAGUGUUACCUACAUUUUAUGCUCCUUGGAUAAGGGAAAAUAUUCGUAUUGUGAAUAUGUUUAUUUUCACCAAAAGAACAAGCACAUUUUUCAAUUAGAAGCAUGAUGAAUGGUGAUAUGCAAGUGUAUGUUGAUCAUGUACCAAAAACAACUGUGUGGUACACUACUACUACUACUACUACUACUACUACUUCUACUACUACUGUUACUACUACUACUACUACUACUACUACUACUACUACUACUACUACUACUACUACUACUACUACUACUGCUGCUAUUACAUGUAGCCGUUACAUACCCAAUGAAUGUUUUCAAUCAUUAUUUUCCAUGUUUUGACGCUGAAUCUGUACUGCAUAGACAUUAUUAAUAUAUUUGUUGCUCAGU